AUGUCCUCGCUGAUGUCUCGCUGCACAACCCUCAUCUUCGACAUCGGCGAUGUGCUUUUUAGCUGGUCCCCUGUGACAUCGACAUCAAUCACGCCGCGGCAGCUCAAAGCGAUUCUCGGCAGUCCGAUGUGGCAUGCCUAUGAAUGUGGGCGGUACAACGAAGAAGAGUGCUACAGCAAGGUCGCGGCACAGUUCUCGCUUGACCCUGUGGAAGUUCGCCAGGCCUUUGCAGACGCACGAGCGUCGCUCCAGCCCGACGAUAGUUUCUUGACAUUCAUUCGCGAUCUUCAGAUGGCUUCUGGCGGCAACUUGCGCAUUUUUGCCAUGAGCAACAUCUCUCACCCAGAUUACGAAGUCCUGCGCACGAAGCCCGCAGACUGGAGCAUCUUCGAGCGCGUCUUCACUUCAGCCGCUGCAGGGCAGCGCAAGCCCAGUCUCGGCUUUUACCGGCACGUACUGUCAGAGGCCGAGGCGGAUCCUGCAACUACCGUCUUUGUUGACGACAAACCGGAAAACGUCCUCGCGGCGCGGGCGUGCGGUAUCAACGCCGUUGUCUUCAAGGAUGUGGUGGAAGUGCGUCGGGCGCUGCGAAACUAUGUCCUCGACCCCGUCGGGCGGGCGCAAACGUACUUGAGCGCGCAUGCCGGCGAGCACGACUCCUGCACCGACACAGGGAUUACCAUCCAGGAAAACUUCUGCCAGCUGCUACUACUCGAAGCAACCCAGGACCGCUCUCUUGUACGCUACGUGCAACAUCCAACUUUCAAGUGGAACUUCUUUCGUGAGAUGCCAACGCUCACGACCGAUUCGUUUCCCUGCGAUCUUGACACAACAUCGAUCGGGCUCAUGGUGACUCAACCUGCCGUUGAUAUCCUCUCGCGUGUGAUGGACGAGAUGCUGGUAUAUCGGACUGAGGAACUGAUAAUGCAAACUUAUUUUGACUCCGAACGACCGAGAGUCGACCCAGUUGUCUGCUGCAACGUCCUUUCCUUAUUCUAUAGCCAAGGCCGAGGCGAGGAGGUCGAAGCAACACUUGACUUUGUUGUGGCCGUGCUUGAGAAUCGGGCGUACCUCGACGGCACGCGGUACUAUGAAGGCGCGGAGCCGUUCCUUUUCUUCCUAUCGCGUCUGCUUCAGACGACGGAUGAUCCCGUGCUACAUGCGCGACUGGACCCGCUCUUUGCUGCGCGCACCCUGGAACGUAUUGGCACCCAGGGUGACGCCCUUGCCCUUGCAAUGCGGAUCCUUGCCUGUGCGCACGUAGGAGUGCGCGACGAGCUGGACGCGCGCGCGUUGCUCUUGCUGCAGGAGGAGGAUGGUGGAUGGCCGAGCGGUUGGUUUUACAAGUAUGGUUCGUCUGGAACCAAAAUUGGUAACCGCGGAUUCACCACGGCGCUCGCCAUCAAUGCUCUCAAAACACUCAGUGCAGCGGACGCUACCACCCCCGUUGAUCCCUCGCCCAUGAGGAUGCAUACUGCGACUGCGCUCGUGGCCUCAUUGGCCCCACAGGAGUACCCCAGGCGCCGCUCCCUUCGAGAUAUUGCGAAGAUCAUGCACGCAUACUCGAUCUUCGUAGAUGGUUUUCAUUGUUGA